ACAAUAUCCUGCCCCUUAGUUAAGCGGCAUACUCACUGAGUUGACGAAAUUACCCUUCUUCUUUUCUACUUCCAACUCUAACCAGAGUCAAAGAUCCUCUUUCCAUUUCUCAUUUCUAGAAAAUUUUCUCACCAAUAUUUCAAACCGCUUUCUCUUUCUUCACCACCAUGCAUCAAUCUUCAACAUAGAAUACAAAUCAUUCAUGGAUUUACUUGAAGGUGUAGGAGAGAGUUCAUCGCCACCGCGUUCAUUCGGUGGUUACAACAACUACGAUGUAAGGACCGACGUUUAUAACCGUUUGGUUGAAACCGGUCACGAUCAAGCCGUAUCGAAUCCUGAUUUCCGUGAACAGAUUGAAGCUCAUUUCAAUCGUUUACCUCCAAGUUAUGGACUUGAUGUUAAUGUUGAUAGAGCUGAAGAUGUUUUACUUCAUAGAAAUCUUCUUGAUUUGGCAAGAGAUCCGGAUAAGCGUCCCGUUUACCAUAUACGCCUCUUAGAGAAUAUUUCUACUAGGACAGAUGGUGAAGAUCAACAAAUUGGAAGUUCUCAUACUAGCCCUGAGGAGGAGACAUCUUCUCAUGCGAGAAAUGAGGGAGUCAUAGCAUCUCUUAAAAGAACAAGAGAUCUGGCAAUUGAAUUUGAGUCUUGCUCGAAGCUUGAGGACUUAAAUUUGGAUGUUAUGAAGAACUCCAAGGAGACACAGGAAAAAAUUGUACCUGACAGCUUUUCUCAGAGGCAUGAACAUUCAAGUGUCCCAGUUCAUGAAAUAAUAUUUUCUGCUGUUGACAAACCAAAGCUUUUAAGUCAGCUAUCCGCUUUGCUGUCUGAUAUUGGGCUUAACAUCCGGGAAGCACAUGUAUUUUCCACAACUGAUGGCUACUCCCUCGAUGUUUUUGUGGUAGAUGGAUGGCCACUAGAGGAAACCGAAGGUUUGUAUGCUGCUAUGGAAAAAGCUGUAGCAAGGAGUGAGGGGUCGUGGUCUCAUUCUUCAAAUUCUCAUUCAGCUGUGGCAAAAGCCUUAGCAGCAGAAGGAAAAUCCGGAGACUGGGAAAUAGACAGGAGAUCGUUAAAGAUAGGAGAAAAAAUAGCAUCUGGAUCCUGUGGAGAUUUGUAUCAUGGAGUUUAUCUUGGUGAAGAUGUUGCUGUUAAGGUGCUGAAAUCUGAGCAACUGAAUGAUGCCUUAGAAGAUGAGUUUACUCAAGAAGUAGCAAUUUUAAGACAGGUGCGUCAUAAAAAUGUUGUUCGUUUCAUUGGCGCGUGCACAAAGUGUCCACAUUUGUGCAUAGUAACAGAGUAUAUGACUGGGGGAAGUCUAUAUGAUUACUUGCACAAAAAUCAUAAUGUCUUGGAGCUGUCUCAAUUACUCAAGUUUGCAAUUGAUGUCUGCAAGGGAAUGGAGUAUUUGCAUGGAAACAACAUAAUUCACAGGGAUCUGAAGACAGCCAAUUUGCUGAUGGAUACACACAACGUUGUUAAAGUGGCAGAUUUUGGAGUUGCCCGAUUCCUAAUUCAGGGGGGAGUGAUGACUGCAGAAACUGGAACGUAUAGAUGGAUGGCACCAGAGGUCAUAAACCACCAGCCUUAUGAUCAGAAGGCAGAUGUGUUCAGUUUUUCCAUAGUACUGUGGGAACUAGUGACAGCAAAGGUACCAUAUGAUACCAUGACUCCACUACAAGCUGCUUUGGGUGUGAGACAGGGACUGCGACCAGAACUGCCAAAGCAUGGGCACCCUAAGCUAUUAGAUUUGAUGCAAAGAUGUUGGGAAGCUGUUCCAAGCAGUCGUCCAUCCUUCACUGAGAUAAGAGUUGAACUUGAAAAUCUUUUGCUUGAAGUGGAGAAUAGUUCAGAAACUAAUGGUGCUUAACAUGUCAAGCUCAAACUAUUAUAAUCCACUUAUUUUCAGACGACUGGGGAGGGGAGGUCUUUCGCUAUUCAAAUAGCUGUAGAGUUUUUCCAUGCUCCCUUUUGCACCGAGGGAAAACGGACUUCACAAAAGCUGACUAAUACAGAGUGAAAAAAUGUAAAGAGGUACACUAAUGUUAUAGUUGAUAUAACUUAAAUAUAUAUAUCCGAUGAAAAAUCACAUCCAACAUAACUGUGUAAAGAUGUUUUGAAAAGAAGAAUAUGUUUCCAGUUAUUGAUUUGUUUUUUCAAUUAACGUAAAAUCAAUGAAGUGUAUUCUAAGGGUAAUUAUUAUGUUGAGAAAUUAAUGUUUAAUAUUGUAUAUUAUUAAUGACAUAUGAGGCGAUGAUCCCAGCUAUCCAA